GCACCGUUUUGUCACAUAGUGUGGUAUAAUAAUAUUAAUGUUAUUUAACUUCUUAUAUAGCACUCAAUUAUCAUCCAACACUCAAAAUUAAAAAGCAGGCUAAAGUUAUUCAUAUGUGAUAUUUGUUCGCAAAAAAGUUACUAAAACAAUGACUUCGAGUGGAAGUUCUUCAUCCCAUGAAAUUCAUGGUGCUCCUACAUGCAAUUGUGAAAAAAGGUGUGUCAUAUUCAUAUCAAGUACAGCUAAGAAUCCUAACAGACGUUUCUUUGGAUGUACAUAUUUUAAUGAGAAAAAUACACCAAAUUGUAACUAUUUUAUGUGGGAGGACGAAUUCAUUGCGUCCCAGGCUAGAAUGGUUCAGUUGAAAGAAACCGCGAUUAUUAAUCAUUACGAGAGAGAUAUGGAAGCCAUGAAAAUUCAGAUGAAUAGGGAUCUUGAAGCUAAAAUCAAUCAGUUGGAGAAGGAUAUAUUAUUGGCGAAGGACAUAUUAGAGCGGGAUAUUGAAGCUGUGAGAUUUCAAGUGAAUGAAUCGCGAGUGACGAGAAUGAAUUGGAAACAAUAUGUUGGAAUGUUAGGGCUUUUGAUUGUGGCUUUUGUUAUAUUUUUUUGCAUUUGGAAGUACACAAAAUUGUCUAAGUAAUUAUGUAUUGGGUUGUUUUACCCUUGGUUUUUGCAGUUUGCAGUGUUCCUCAUUUAUUGUUUUUUCUUUUAGCUUGUAGUUUUGUUUUUCCCUUCUUUGUAAUAAUGGGUUUGAGUAUUUCAUGUACUAUUUUCAUGUCACUUAAAAAAAGAUUUGCAUUAUCAUGUAUGUAUUUUGUUUGUAAUCAAAUGUGUGCAAUGUAAUGAAGUGGACAAUAGUCAAUAGUGAUCAAA